AGCGUACCCCAUGGUUGAACAGGAACCAAAUAAGGAAAUGACGUCAUGCACACAUGUCAGCUAUGCUCCUAAAUAGACACCGGGACGGUUGAACGUGGCUUAAAAAGGGCUAAGGGCUUGGAGCUGAAAGAGGAUGGGGGACAUAUCAGGAGAGCCAGGCUUCUACUCCAAUGCCGAGGGCUACUGGAAGGAGGUUCCCCCUACAGUGGACGGCAUGCUGGGAGGCUACGGCAGCAUCUCCAGCAUCGACAUCAAUGGUUCCAAAGCCUUCCUUCGCAAGUUCCUCGGCCUCAAGUCGGUGCUUGUCGCUGCUGCAGGAAGGCGAAGGAAAGACGAAUCCGGGUUGCGCUCUCGACUGCGGCGCCGGCAUCGGCCGGAUCUCCAAACGUUUGCUGCUGCCUCUCUUCAAGACGGUGGACCUGGUGGACGUGACCCAGGAGUUCCUCGACAAAGCCAAGACGUACCUGGGAGACGACGGCAAGAGAGUGGGCGGCUACUUCUGUCAGGGCCUGCAGGACUUCGUACCGGAGAGCGGACGCUACGACGUCAUCUGGAUACAGUGGGUCAUUGGUCACCUGACUGACAACCACCUAGUGGAGUUCCUGCGGCGCUGCCACAAAGCCUUGCGGCCCAACGGCCUCAUCGUCAUCAAGGACAACGUGUCGUACGAGGGCGUGGUCCCGGACGAGGUGGACAGCAGCGUGUGUCGAGACCUGGAGAUAGUUCGCAGUCUGGUGGUCAGGGCGGGCCUGAGCAUCAUCUACGAGGAACAACAGGUCAACUUCCCCAAGGAGAUCUACCACGUCCACACCCUGGCCCUGCGAUGAGACUUCCUGAUGUUUUAUAGGACGUUUGGAGUCAAACCGUCACGGUUUGCAUGCUGCAUCGUUAAGUUGGCUCAUCUGACCGUAUUUAUUUUCAACACAUUUACAGGUUUUUUUUUUUGUUUUUUUUUUUACAAAAGAACUGGUCCUGAUGAGAGGACUUUUAUAAUUCAACUUCCUGUUUGUAGCCGCUGCUUUUGAAUGUCACCUUGUGCAUUUUAGACAGUGCUGAAUGUUUUUCAAGAAGGUGCUAUUAGCUCAAUAAAAAGCACACUAGGAGUC